CAACCGGGAACGGGACUUGAUUCCAUUAAACAGUUUCCCUCCACUAUUGCACAUCAACUUGCAUCCUUCAAUGAGGAGUUCAAGCUCUCACUUGUCAAACGUCUUCGGCAGCGAGGCUUUGAGCUGGUGCAGAAUCUCCCUCUAGAGAAGCAAAUGAGGGCUCUGGUUGUUGAGCCUAUGGGUGAUCUCAAGGAUUUACUGUUGUCGAGCAAGGACCGCUUCAUCAUCAUCUUAGAUGGCUUGGACGAGUGCGGGGAUCAGGAAGCACUUGGAACCUUGAUGGAGCUUGUGCUGAUGCUUCGCGCUUUGCCUUCCACAUUUACUGUUUUGGUUAGUUCUCGCCCAGAACCGCAGGUUAUCUCAGCAUGGGUCGAUGCUGAGGGUGGAGAUUUCAACAUCCCAUGUGAAGAUGUUGAUAAGAUUGGAGAGGAGACUUUGCACACAGUUCGCCGUAUGGUGGAGGAGGGCCUUCGAGAUUGUGUCAAGAAAUCUGCGUGGAAGCCAUCCUCGGAGGAUUUUGAUACCUUUGCUUCGGCUUGCCGUGGAUUGCCUGUUAUGGCCUCAAUCCGCAUACGUGACGUCCGCACUCGGACUCAACGCGGUUCCACUCUCAAGCGGGAGUUUGAAUACCUUCACAAUCUCAGAGAUGCACCACUUGACCUAAAAUCGGAGUAUCUGCGAAUACUGCGGCGAGCGUAUAUGUCUGACCAAUCUACUAUUCCUCCACACGUAAUCGAGAAUUAUCGCCAAGUGAUUGGGACGAUCAUUGCAGCACGUCGGCCGCUCAGUUUAUAUUCGAUGUCGCAGCUCCUAGGGAUAGCUGAGGAUGAAGUCCAUGCGACCCUAGAGCCGAUCAGUUCAAUUGUUGAGUUUUCCUCGGAGAAAUCACGGUCCCUCCAAAGUUUGAUGCGGGUGCUUCGACUUGAUGCAGUGUACCCCAAAUUCUACCACGCAACGAUGAAGGAAUUCCUUAUGGAUCGCCCGUUUGGUCAUGAAAGUGACCAGUCAUUCUUCAUCAAUGAUUUGAAGGGGCAUUUCUUGGGACCACCACUUCUUCGACUUGUAAAUGACGUCAUUGAACGGAAUAAGUCCAAAAUCCGUACUUUGGGAGAUAGCAAAAAGCGGAAAGAGUUUCAGGGGAAGAAGCAGCCUGAACAUGUCCAAUACGCUUUCCGCUACCUGUUCUACCACUCGGAUCCAUCAGGACUCUCCAACGAAUUCAGCAGCGAGUUUGAUGUCUUCCUCACCCGAAACUUACUUUCAUUCUUGACGCUAUCACGAUUUGAUUUCGAGUUGCCCGAUGAAUUGCUUCGAUCUAACAAUCACAAUUUGACCAAAUGGUUUGAAGAAGUCAAGAGGGUGAAGGAUAUAAUGAUUAAAAAUGAACUCAGCUCCUCCCCUUGGCAUAUUUUUCGGUCAAUUCUUCCCUUCACUCCAUCCUCAUCCCCACUUUUCAAGUCAUAUGGACAUCUCUUCGAACCCGUUCGGAUUUUCAGCAUCACUGGAGAAUUCUUUGGCCGUUCAAUUCCAUUAAGCGUGGAUACCCUUAGUGCUCAAAGGGUUAUGGAGGCGAAACUCAAUGCGUUACUGAUAGAGGUUGGUAGAUCUGAGAUGGAUAAGACGGAUAGGAUCGAUCAUAGCGCUGAAUUUCUUGAUCCUGAUAUUCGUAACGGUAUUGUGACCGCUGCAGCACUCUCACGAGAUGGCUGCUACAUUGCACUCGGCUUUGGGAACGGCGUUAUUGAAGUUGCUGACAUUGACCGUCAACACACCGUCACUCAUUUCCAAUGUGAUCCACCCAAUCUUCCAGCCUGGAUUGAAUUUAUCUGUGGCAGCCACCGGAUUGCCACUGAAGAUAACGAGGGAAACAUCACGGUCUUCAGUCAUGGUUCGCCGUCUGUGAAGGUCGGUGCCCUCCCCAGUGGGCAUCACCCUCCCGUUACUCUGGUCGCAGACAAUGGCUCAUUCAUCAUACGAGUUCCUCGGAACAUUGACUGCAGUUGGUACGAAAGUAUGGCCAUCUUACAUGUCUCGGAUGAGCCAUCCAUCCACCCUCUUUCCUCUCCUCGUUCCGUUACUCCGGCCUCCAGGUCAGCUGUGCCUGACCGUUGCACACUUGGACUCUCCCCCAAAGGAUGGUACGUCGUCGUCCAUGAUGGCCAUAGUAUCGCUAUUUGGUCAACAGAGACACACGAGUUGGUUCAUUUUCACGUACCUGAAUCCACACUUCCCGCCUGCUACAACAUAUACCCUCGUCCACAUCUCAUGACCCAACCCCGAAGGAAAAUUACUCCGCACCUGGAGAAUGACAUCCCUCGUGGUCAGAGCCUCAUGGCUGGGCAUGAUGCGGAUCUAUUGUGGCUGGAGCGACUAUCCGAGCUUUCAUCAAGGACAAUGGCUUUUGCUAUACCUCUGUAUGGUUAUAUGCUGGGGUCUACAACACAGACGAUCUGGUUCAAUGGUAAACUUGAACUGCUUCUCCCAUCAGAAUACCGCCCGAUCAUUCUUGAAGGGGACCGUCAAAAAGUAUGGUAUGGGGAUCGAAUGCUGAGGGAUAAGUAUGGCCUCUACCUUCCUUGCGCUAGCAAAGAUGGAACUCGAUUCUUGGUCCAAGGUCGUAUGCGAGCCCCGAUUGUUGUCGAUAUUAGCCAAGUUGUCUAGUUCUUUUGCGGUGUUUACUAUGAUGCUUUUUUUCCUUCAUUGUUUGCGUCCCGUUGUACAUGUGCAUUACUGUAUUUGAUCGAAAGUCAGGGACGAGCACUACAUUAUCCACAAUAUCUAUGAACCUUCAUCUGACAGACCCAGCAAGAAGAGCUUGUUGGGCGCACAGGCCUGCUCGGUCUCAUAUAGAACUAUUAUGUUCGAUAGAUCUUACGGUGAUGGCCAUUAUUUCC